GACAUUUGUGUUCAGCUUACGUUUAUUUUUUGCUGACCGUAUAUUGUUCUUUGAUACUACGAAUCAUUCACAACAAAAUAGAAUUUUCUUUCAAAUUUCCUUGUUGGAAAACUGCAAACAUAUCGAAACGUUCCUGGAAGCUUAUUGUGUAUGCACAUUAUAAAUGUCUGUUUUGGUCUCAUUGUGUUUACUCAAAAUUGAAAUAGUUGACGAAAACAACACAAUGAGUGCUGUCGACGAUGAAUGUGAGGCUGCAGGUGCCGCUUCUAACGAUCAUCCAAUAAAUUCACGCCAACAACGGGACAUGAGAGGCCAGCGAAAAUCGAAAAAAAUUACCAUUGAAAGCUAUCGCAACCGGCUAGACUCGGAGGCGAGCACCAACGAGUGUCGGGGUGUGCUGCCGAAAUGUUCCCGCGAGCAAACACCAAUGGACGAAAAUCCACCGACCUCGGUCCAGGAAUUUCCCGGCGAAAUCAACUUUUUCUCGGGCAACCCAUUCGUUGAGGUGACAAAGGGCAUCUUGCAUCUGUACAAACGCAAUGAACGAGCCGACAUCACUGAUGGGCCCUCACGGACGCUCUGCCUUAUUGCCGUUCCCUCGUCGCUAAAUUGCCACGACAUCCUAAAUUUUAUCGCACCAUGUCAUUCGGUCAUCCAGCACGUUCGCAUUCUUCGCGAUGGCUCUCCGAAUCAAUUCAUGGUGCUUUUGGUGUUUCGCUGUGGCGAAGCGGCUGUCGAAUUUUACCAAACAUUCAAUGGAAUCCCAUACAACAGUCUGGAACCGGAUAUGCUCUGUCACGCUGUGUGGGUAUCCGGUGUCGAAUGGGGUAGUAAUGGUAUUGCACCUCAGGGACACACCGAACUUCCCACUUGUCCCGUUUGUCUCGAACGAAUGGAUGAAAGUGUUGACGGAGUAUUGACGAUACUUUGCAAUCACGCAUUUCACGCGGGAUGUCUCAUCAAGUGGGGUGAUUCAACGUGUCCGGUCUGCCGCUGUGUUCAGACACCGGAGCUUUCGGAAACGUCCGUUUGUAUGGAAUGUGAGGGAACGGAAGCCCUUUGGAUAUGUUUGAUUUGUGGUCACAUCGGAUGCGGUCGGUAUCAAGGUGGUCACGCGGCUUCCCAUUACCGCUCAACGAAUCACACCUAUGCCCUACAGCUCGGAACAAAUCGGGUUUGGGAUUACGCCGGCGAUAACUUCGUCCAUCGGUUGCUACAGAAUAAGUCGGAUGGUAAGCUGGUGGCGACACAGUCACCGGGAAAUGAUGGUGAAGAGAAGAUUGAUUCAAUGCAGCUGGAGUUUACAUAUCUGCUGACAUCGCAAUUGGACGCCCAAAGAGAGUAUUAUGAGGAAAGGCUGUUACGACUAGAAUCUAGCAUAACGGGAGAAAAGCAAAAGUUGUUGAAGGAAACAGAGUUGAUUCGGAAUAAGAACGCAUCACUGGAAGGCAGGUUGCAUAAUAUUAGCAAAGAAAAAAAUUCGCUCGAAAAAAAAGUUAAUCAAAUGUCUUCAAAAUUGAACACGAUUACGAAGGAGCUUUCCGAGGAGAGGCAGUUUGGCAAAACACUCCAAUCGAAUCAGUCUUCAUGGCAAACUAAAUUUUCAGCGCUGGAGAGAGAAUGCAACGACAAAGUACGAGAAAUUACCGAACUCAAGGAGCAAGUACGUGAUUUAAUGUUCUUUUUGGAGGCGCAGAACAAAAUUGCAAACUCUGAUCUGAAGGAAGAGAUUGCUGGUGCUUCGGUGGAAAUUCCGAGUCCUAAUAACAAGGGUGCCAAACGACGCACGAAAAAAUAAAUUCAAAAACUAGAAAUAUGCUAAUAGACUGCGGAUUUCAAGCUUUGGCUAGAUGUGGUGAAAUCUCACAAAUGAGUCAGUUUCAUCCCAAGAUAAAUAGCAUAAGCUAUAACCUACUCCAAGUUGUGAUUGUGAUAUUUCCUGUCUGAUUUUAGAAAAUAAACUUUAUGUUUUGAA